AUGCGAACAAGAAGAUAUGCUGUCUCUUGCAUCNGCGAGUCUCCCACACGUGCCCAGCUCACCAGCUCCUCACGUCACGCCCGGCUGGUCUCUCGUUUCUCAGACCUGUAUGCCAAUGAGAGGCUGGAGUCCCAGAGUCUCCUGCGCAGAUACAUUGACGACCUGGACACAGUCCAGAGGAUCAUUUUCAUUGCUGUUGUGGAAUCUUUCCAGGCUGCUAAACUGGCCUAUCGGCAGUUCAAGAUACGUGUGAAGAAGACACUUUCCUCCACACACAUUGGUCAUGAGAGUCUAGAGGAUGCAGUGGUGGAUUACAUUGUGCGAAAUCUGGACCUGUAUGACGUGCAAACCAGCGUUAAUGACGUCAUAAAUUCGAUGAACGUAAACCCGAGUAUCUCCUUCCCUCCGGAGGUCGACUUUGUUCUGAUCAGCAGCUUUAUCAGGGAAGUGUGCCGAAUAGCUUUCGCCAUGCAGACUCUGGAUCCACCACUGGAUCUGGCCUUCAGCUCAGAUGGAGAACUCUACAGCGAUGUGAAGUACAGACGCAGUUUUGAUUCAGAGUUCACAGCUCCUCUGGUGGCGUAUCACGUGUGGCCGGUGCUGGUGGAGGGAGAUACUGUCAUAUUAAAAGGAGAGGCAGUCACCAAAAGAGGAGCGCUGUGGAGAAGCAGGAGUCGUAGUUCCAGUCCUGUUCGAUCCCAAUCCCGCUCAGGAAGCCCCACACGCACAUUUAUGGCCAGUCGUAGUCGCAGUCCCUCCCCUGGACGUCUCUCUAGUAGUCGACUGUAAACUCUAACACCUGACCUCAACACUCUUCACACUAGUUACAAG